CUGCUUCCUAACCAAUCGGCGUCGAGAGCGCUCUAACGGCAUUUAAAAGCGGGUGGUUUGAAAUCGUGAGGAGAGAAUCGGCUGCAAGGCCCCAACGGGGAACGGAGAGAAUGGAGAAGUCUCUCAAAGAAAAUCACACUGGAGUAUCCACCCACCAAGUGAAGGGUUUGCACUCUACUUCUGAUGGUCCCAAGCGCAUUCCACUAUCCCAGCAACAGAGUGCCCAAGUCAAGCCACUUGGAACUGGGACAUCAGCACAACGAGUCUUAUGCCCUUCAAAUGGACCGCAACGUGUUCUGACUCAUAAACCUGUGUUGCCGCACCAGAAAGCAUUAAAUCAGCCAGCAACCAAUGCUGCACAGCCACGACCACCUGCUCCAGUACAAGCAUGUAAAACACCAUCUCCUGUUGACGGACACCAACAAACAAAAAGUACCCCCGCUCCAGAGAGAGCCAACUCUGAGCAAGUGAAAAAUAUCAUGACCCAAAAGGACGAGGGUAAAAAGAAGCAGUGGUGUCUAGAAGACUUUGAAAUAGGACGCCCUUUGGGUAAAGGGAAAUUUGGAAAUGUGUAUCUUGCACGUGAAAAGCAAAGUAAAUUCAUCUUGGCACUGAAGGUUCUGUUUAAAUCCCAGCUGGAGAAAGCCGGGGUUGAGCAUCAACUGAGACGAGAGGUGGAAAUUCAGUCUCAUCUGAGACACCCCAACAUUCUUAGAUUGUAUGGAUAUUUCCACGACGCCACCAGAGUGUACCUUAUCCUGGACUAUGCCCCUCGUGGAGAGCUGUACAGAGAACUCCAGCGAUGCUCUAAAUUUGAUGAUCAGAGGUCCGCUACAUACAUCACUGAGCUGGCUGAUGCUCUCCUGUAUUGCCACUCCAAGAAAGUGAUUCAUCGCGACAUCAAACCUGAAAACCUACUACUUGGCUCCAGUGGAGAACUUAAAAUAGCUGAUUUUGGUUGGUCAGUUCAUGCUCCAUCUUCAAGGAGAACCACUCUGUGUGGCACUCUGGACUACCUUCCCCCUGAGAUGAUUGAAGGCCGAAUGCACGAUGAGAAGGUGGAUCUGUGGAGCCUUGGAGUGCUGUGUUAUGAGUUUCUCGUUGGAAAGCCCCCAUUCGAAGCAGAAACUCACCAGGAAACCUACAGACGUAUCUCAAAGAUUGAGUUUCAUUUCCCCCCAUUUGUGUCAGAGGGGGCCAGAGAUCUUAUCUCCAAACUGCUGAAACACAAUCCAAACCAAAGGCUUCCACUAAAAGAUGUUCUGGAACAUCCAUGGAUUGUAGAGAACUCCACCAAGCAUCCAAAGAGGAAAGAGGACCCCCCGAAAAGCACUACAACUCAGUAAAGCCCCAGUGGGGGUGUUUUAUUUCCAACUGUGAGAAUAUGCUCGAUUUUGCACCUCCUGUAUCCAGGCCUCAAACGUUUCAGGGAUAGACAGAAAAACGGGCCCACUGUCUUUGUGCACUGGUUCUUGUGCAAAGAUGCGUGUUUUUACUUUUUGUUUAAAUUUAGAAAAUAAAUUUGAUCCUCAAUUUAAAUGUCAAGGGACUGGCAAACUAUCUUGAAGUAGAUUUGUAAACUUUAUAAAAUGUUAUACUACAAUAUUAGACUAUUAACAGACUUGAAAUCACUGUGUAGCAGUAUCCAGAGUUUGCAAAAAGAUAAUUUGAGGCUGUUUAAUAUUCCGGUCAGGGCCACUGUGACCACAACCACCAGGACCACUUGACUUGACUGUUUUGCAAACCUAUCUUAAACUCUUGUUAAAGGUUCAACUGCAUUUAAAUUGUGUAGAUAUUCUCUCCAAUUUUUGGCUUUGAGUUGGUUCCUCAAAUUGCCACACAUUCUGUCUUCUCAUCUUAAAUUGUCUUGUCUUUUAUAAAUGUAAAAUAUUACAAAUUAAAAUUGUACCCCAGAUGGGUGGGAAUCUGCUCUGCAAUUCACUUAUCUCCCCACCUGCCACUCAGUGUUAGUCAUUUAAAGGUAAACCUGGCCGUGUGACUUGCUGUAUUAAGAUAUAGGAUGAUCUUGCCCUGUGCAAUAUCAAUGAGGAGGCCUUGACGUUAUUUAUUGGGCUGCUAUUGCUGUCACCACAAAUGCACAGCUGCUUGAAUCUCGAGUGAAUGGGUGAGCGGAUUUACUAUGUGUAAAUAUAUAUUAUGUUUCAAUUUUAAAUGU